AUGCUCCUCCUGCCAGCCCUCCUCGCCUGGGCAGCCGCCCGCGCCGUCGCAGCGCCGACAUCCAGUCCAAAGCCACAGCUGAAAGGCAUUAUCAAGGGCCAGCGCAAGCUCACCUUCGACGCGGCGGGGAACUUCAAGGUCGUGUCGUUCUCCGAUAUGCACUUCGGAGAGCGCCCCGGAGACGGGUCGUGGGCCGCGUGGGGGCCGGAACAUAUAAUGCAGGAUGCGGCCACGCAAAAAGUUCAUGGGGCGGUGUUGGACCACGAGAAACCCGACUAUGUAGUCUUCAACGGCGAUAUCAUAACGGGCGAGAAUGUUUUUGCGUUCAAUGCGACGGGCUAUCUUGAUCAGGCCUAUGCUCCAACCGUUGCUCGGAAAAUCCCCUUCUCGGUCGCUCACGGAAAUCACGAUAAUGCCAACAACAUCAACCACCAAAUCGAAAUCGAAUACGAGCAAGCGACGUACUCCGAAUUGUCAUACACCCGCUCGGACGUCGGCCCCAAGCCGUAUGGAUCCGGGAACUACUGGGUCCCGGUAUACGCCCAUCGCAAGGCUGUCGUCCCGGCGCUGAUCAUGUGGUUCUUCGACUCGCGCGCGUUCGUUAGCGGCACGGGGAACGGCCCAGGACCGGUCCCCGACGCGGCUAAUUACUACUGGGUCGACCCAGAGACUGUGCCCGCAUAUAUGAAAGAGCAGCGGGAGCUCAUGUCGAAGACGUGGGGAAAAGUGCCUCCUGCAUUGAUAUUCGUCCACAUCCCGGUACAAAAGGCGCAACCGCUCGCGUCCCUACCAAGUGCGGGAGACCAUGACGACGAGCCCAAUCCGUCCGCGCAGGGCUUCCUCAACAACACAUACACCGGCCUCGAUCUCCCUUUCUGGAACGAAAUCAUCGCACUUUCUAACCAGCCCGCCGGAAACGUUCUGGCCGUCACCUCCGGGCACGACCACGGCGAGUCCUGGUGCGCCCGGAGCCUGAACAUCUCGGCGAGCAUCCCGAUCUGCUUCAACGGCCACUCCGGGUACGGCGGGUACGUGACGAAGAACAGUGCACUGCGCAACGGCCGGGUGUUUGCGCUGAAUCUACGCGAUCUGGGCGUUACCAGCGAUGGUGCCGCGAAGAUUCCUGUGGUGAAGACGUGGAACUCAUACGAGGAUGGCACGACAGCUGAGGAAGUGGUGUUGGGACCGGAUUACAUGAAAGAGUUCAACUAG